UUUUUUCGGCACUAUACACAUCCUCAUAAUUUAUCCAACUGUCAGCCCUCUGUUUAUUUCUCAAAUCGAACUACAUCGAAGAUCUACCGCGAAAAUGAACGUUUACCUCCUCAACCCGGACCAACAAUCUCUCAACCCCCACGGCUUCACCGAGCACAAGGCGCACGUGGAUAAAAUUUUGAUCAACGGGGGGAGACUCUUUUUCGAACGGAAGCAGCCCGAUGCGACGAAUUACCGGGUUUUUUCCGCCGCGGACUACGGCUUUUUCUGGAUCAGCGGUACUUGGACGGGCAUCUCCGUCCGGUUUCAGAAAUUGGAGAAUUACAAGGUCGAUGGAUCCAAGUCGGUGAUUCGCGGGCAGGGGAACAUUAAGUUGAGUUUGGAGAAUGUCAGGUUGUUACAAGGGGACAUGUCGAAAUCGGACUCCGUGUUGCACUCGAUGAGAAGAAGUGCUGUGCGGAAGUUGCAGGGAGACCAAAUUGUGAAGGAACAGAUGGUAUCCGUCACGACGCACGGGAAUGGGAGUAGUACUGCGUCGUCUUCGAGUGCGACUGCUAUGGGAACAGCUGCAACCUCCGCAAUUUCUCAACAACAGCAGGCCCAGCAAAACACCAAAUUCGACAAACUCGCGAAAGCGGUUGCGUUGACGCAUCCCAGGUGGAAGGAGUACGGGUUUAUCGUGGACUAUUCGGUAUCGCACGGUAAAUAAAGUAUUUCACGGUGAGGAUUUUGUUGCAAGUUUUGCAUCACAAGUUAGUUCGACAUGACAGGCAAAAUUUGCCAUGCAUGCACCCGAAGGCAAAAAACGGCUAAAAAGCCACCGUCACCGUCUUGCAUGUGUAGCAAGACAAACACUUUUAUGCUGCUUCCUCUGUAUCACAAGUUCACAGUGAAACAGGUUUUUCUUGCGAUAUUCCGACAACUCCAUGUACUGCUACCACGUGGAGGACUUCACGACGUUGCUUUCCGAAGUGCAGUCUCUAACCGACGUCAUCGUGGAGCACCGGGAAAGAAUCCACUACGAGAAGCGGCAGAAAACUUUAUCGAUGAAGAAGAUGGGAAAAAACAAGGGCAGGGGAAAUAAGAUGAAAGCUGCACCACCCGCGAUGAAAAAGAUGAACCAAAAGCAAGGCGGGAAAAAAAUGAACACGCCAAUGGGUCGAGGAAAGAAACCCGGUGCAGCGGCAGGAAAUAACAAGAAGAAGAAACCUGGCCCGAAAAACAAGCGAGUGAACACUAUCGUGAAAAAAUCUUCCGGAAAAAGGUCGAUAGAGCGACUUCAAAACGCCAGGAAUCGGGUGAAACGCGUGCAGCAACGGGUGGAAAAGAAAAUUGAAGAGAGACGGAGGGAACUGUUUUUACAGUCUCUGAAACCCGACGCAGUCCGGAGAGCAGCGAAUGGCGGGCGGAGUAAGAACAUCAAUAGUGGGACGAACAACAAUUCUUCUACCAGCAGAUCCGGCUCCCCCUCGAACAGCAAGAAAAAUAACAUCGACGAACUGCAGAUCCACGACCACAAUUCUUUGCUCGACACCGGCACCGGGACGAGUUUUUUGCUCCAUCAUUCCCAGAUCAUGGAGACUUUGGAACGAUUAUUAGAUCAUUUGAAGCACGAAGACCACAUGCUGACGCACUUAUGACAGUGCACAACCCCCCCUCCCCCUCAUUUGUAUAGUAUGAACGGCAAUACACGUGCCAGCAAGAAUGCAGGUUUUGCAUGACAAAUUUGCGAAGGAGUGUAGUGCUAUUUGGGCUUCCAGAACUUGUCACGCUAAACGUGUCAAGAGGCACAGGGUGGAAGAUUGGGUAUUUUGCAUUACAAAUGAGGGGGAGAGGGAGUUGUGCACUCUCAUAGCACUUACUGUUGAAGCACAGGAUCUCUCUCCGGAAGCACAGCAGGAAGUUGGUCGCGUCGAAUUCCGCUGCUGCGGCUGCUGGUACUGGUACUGGCCCGAUCAGCAGCAAGUCUUCCCUCUUAACCAGCCCGUCGAGUAAGAUCGGAUCUCUAAUCUCCCGCCACAUGGGGGAUAUCAAGCAGUAUUCCAAACCGGACGAGAUGCAGGAUUUUACCCUACCCGGGUCGACUAUGCAUUGCAAAUAUGUCUGAGUCUGGAAGGAUGCAAGGUUUGUCAUGCUUGUCUGGCAGGACUAAAAAAGUUUGUGAUGCGUGUCCAAGAAGACGCCCUUUUGUUUGUCAUGCAAAAACGCAGUUUGCCAUGCGAAAAAUGCAACACAAAGAAGCGCAGACAUUUCUCAUGCUUGGCUGCGCACCAUUGCAUUUGCAGAGCAUUCCCUAUUCCCAACGCAGCAUUACAAGUUUCCAGACUCCCAGACAUAUUUGCAAUCCAUAUCGACGAAGGAAACACAACAGCUCGCUGCAAUGAAUCAAAAAUUGGAUGUGGAGCAGGCGGGAAUCCGGGAAUUACUGCUGGAAUUAUUAACCCAGUGGAAAGUUUUGAUAUCCCGGUAUCAGAAGUUUUUGCUCCAGUCCUCCCGGUUGAACAAAUUGCUCUUUCCGACGAAGAAAUCCACGAAGAACCAGAUUGAGGAGAGGGAACUCCAACUCUUCCGGCAGAUGGUGACGUAUUGCUUUCGGAAUUUGUUGAAUUUAUCGACGAUCGAGUUGGAGGAGCGGAAUUACGACCACGCAAUUUUACUCGCGGAAGAAGCGUCGAUUUUGUGGUGCAGCAUGCUGGCGGACGAGGAUUCGCCGACGGUGGUCCCGCCGGCUUGCAUCAACAGGAUCGAUUUGGCUUUGAUGGAGCGCGGGGUUUCUUACAAUCGGUUCACGGGGGAAAGCAGUGGUCAUUACAACGAUCAUAACGAUGCUGCAGCUGCUCUUCGCAACAGUGGUACUAGGAUGAGCCAGGGGUCGGAAUUUGGAGGGGGUCUAGUACAUCAAGAACACGAUGAUCCGGAAACAAAAAAGGACAAGCACAUGCGGGAUUUUCUGCGCAGGAUCCAGAACUUAGUCCACGUGAAGAAACAGCAGCAACUGGUCGCGCAGAACAACAGUAACAACAGUUUACAAGCGCAAUCCGCAUGGGAAGUUUCUUCAAACGCGAGCAACAACAUGAAGUCGCCGCGGGAGGGAGCAGAGAGUUCCAAGGCGUUGGCGGUGCAUUUACCAAGGACCUUAUCCGAAGAGCAGAUUCAGGAGCAUAGCAAGCAAAGAAGGAUUGAAAGCACAACGACUUUGGCCACUCCGCAGCAGAAUCAGAAGAGGAUGAGCAUCAAUGAGUUGCUGAAGGAGCAGACGACGUUGCAUUUGUUGAGACUAAGGGAGAAUCUGAAAUUUUUCAUGCAGCCGACGUUGUUGGCGAGGAUGAAUCCGUUGCUGGCGCAUGGUUUGAUGAUUCCACAUAACGUGACCGCUGCAAGACCGGUUUUGCAUUGUUGCCAAGUCUGCGGAGUCCCGGCGCAGCACUUCCGGGAAACGGAGAACGGGUAUAGAGUGUGUUACAACACUUCUGACACGUACUGCUAUCUAACCGCUCUGGAAAGGAAGAAACAAAACUUACGCAGAGUUCACUGGAAAGCGGCCGCGCAAGCGAGGAUUGAGCCAAGCUGGACUUGGGUGGGGGCGCAGACGAGGUUGAGAUUCAGCAAACUGUCCAACAUGACAAUCUAUGGGCACGUGAAAACGUCUCACCACCCGAUUGAAAGUAAAAACGCGCACGAGCAGUCGAAAUUGGUGGAGAAGGAGACGGCCGGGCAGCAUUUGACAAAAGCAGGCUCCGGGUGGAGAAGCAAUGGGGCGGAGUAUACAUUGUAUACGAAGCAGAAUCCGGAGUUUAACUACGUGAGUGUCGUUUCAUCUGGGAAUGACAAUCACAACAGCUCAUCUGCUAUGUACAGCACGACAAUAAACGAGGUCUCACCACGUCAGAAGCUCGCUGAUUUUCACAACGCUUUAAACUACGGGAAUGGGAAGCAGAGCCCGAACAAAAGGCCGGCCGGGGCAAGCGGUGGUGAUCACAUGGAAAUCAUUCUGAACAAUGCGGUGAAUACCAACUCCAACGACAUGUUAUUGCAUAACGUGAACAACAACUACAACAACAACAGCGAAUUCCAUUUCAAAAACCACCCCUCCGAAACAAACUUACACCACAUCGGCCCGGCGCAGCCCGCGUCUUUCGACUACACAGUGAUGCAGAAAACCACCAGUCUUCCUCCCGCGGUUGACAGUCCCAAAAUGACGAAAACCGCUGGUGAAGUAGAUGCUCCGGUAACUGCUUCUGCCGUGAUCCCACAAAUCAGGAAGAAGGUGGACAUGACCGUUUUAACCACCUUCCAAGAAACGGUGGAAGAUCUCGACCACGAUGAUAUGGUAACGGAGGAUUUGCAGUCCAUCGCGACCGUGGACAAAAUUCUCCUAAAACUUGACACGGACGAGAAUGACGAGAAGCUCGGCGAUUACAAGAACUUCAACCUUCAGAGUUUAAUCUCUCCGGACAAACUACAACGGUACGAGGACGCGCACAAGGCGUUGCUCGAUUUGAACAAACCGAAACACAAAAUGCGGAACAGCAUGAAGCACAAAAACGGGAAUGGAAACGGUGGCCAUGCAUCUCAUUACGCCGUAAAAAAUGGGUCUUACAACCAAGUUUUGAAGAAAAAAAACAGCUCCACUCACCAGAACACCGACAAUGGAGACGACAACCACACCCGUAUUCUCCUCGGGGUCCGGAAAUCCCUACAUUUCAACAAAAAACCGAAAUCGGCGAAAGACGUUGCGGAGGAAACACAGGAGUACGAGCGGGAGUUAGAAUUUCUCAGAAUCGCCGCGGAGAAAGGGUGCAAGUACAUCAUCGGCUUAGUCUGCAGUUAUGUCGUUCCGAGCCAAAACUUGCGUGCUUUCGUGAUGGAGUUGGGGAGUUGCGACAUGAGCGAUUGGCUGAAGAACAAGCAGCACGGGAAAACGUUUGACAUUCCCCGGUAUUUCAAGAUGAUCAUCCACGGAACGUUGGAGGUGCAUAGACGGGUUGGGUGUUUAAACGGCGAUGUUUCGAUUGAAAACUUUGUGUAUUGCAGAAGUAGCGAUACGCUGAAGACGAUCGACUUGGGUGCUUGUAGGAGGGAGGGGAAGGACUGCUGUUUGUACAAGAUCCAGUGGGUCGAGCCGGAAAGGGUAAAAAUCCCGUUUGCGGUGCAGAGUGAGGAAGAGGACGAGGACGAUGAGGAAGGUAUCCAAAUGCAAAACUAGGCUACACAGUUUAACGAUGCGGAAUUUGUGAUGCGAAAAAUUGUGCGUAUGUCCGUAGUUUUUGCAGCUUUUUUUGCAUUUGCAAUGCCACAGUCAGUGCAUGGCAAACUCAAAACUCGCCCUAACUUUGUGUAGCUGUUUUGCAAUCCAUACCUUAAGAAGAGGAGGAGGAAUCCGAGGAGGCUGAGGAGGAAUCUGAAGAAGCUGACGACGGUGAGGAAGGGUCAGGAGACGGCGAUGGGAGUGACGACGAUAGCGACGACGAGCCGGAGGUAUUCAAGUUUUUUCAAAAUUUGCAAUGCAGUUUUCCCACUGUUGGACAAGAUUCUCAUGCUAUUUUUACCUCGCAUGCGACGUACUACGUUGAAUGCAUUUUUCAAUAUCUAAAUCGCUAUCAAAACAGGACUCCUGCAACUUUUCCUUCAACCCAGUUACCGAGAAAUCUGACUACUGGGCUUGCGGGAUUAUCCUCUACAAGAUGAUCUUCGGCCUUGAGCAGAACCCCACGACGCAACUUGUGUUGCAGCACGUGCAGGAGCGGGAAAAGGCGGAACAGGAGCAGCUCAUGGAAGCGGAAGAAGAGAACAAACCGAAAAUUGCAAACGGAACAAGCUGUCAUGCACACGAUUCCUACAUGGAGAUGGAACACCAGUAUCAAUCUUACGAAAACAAUCCAGACAACCAGUACGAAGGCACUCCCGACCAGAGCUCACCCGACCCCUCGGAUGGCUCUGGGUCGGAUUCUCCCGUGGAGGAUCCGGCUCUUUUGAAGGACCGUGUGGUGCGAAAACGGGUGAAGAGGCACGGGAAGAUUGUGGAGAUCGACGCGGAUACAGGGAAGGUGAUCACCGACACUCCAGCAGUAGCUCCUGCGAGUGGGCCUCCUGGGUCAGCAAAACUCGCCCCCGGGUCGAAGCAGCCGGGAGAGGUUCACACAACAUCGUCGGCCAAGCAGAGUAAAAACAAAACAAAUACCCAGCAAGCUUUCAACAAAACAGCUGAUGAUUUGUUGGAGGACGACUACGGGGAGGUGCUUUUGUUACUCAACGAAACACUCAAUUUCACCAACGGCACCGAUUUGACCAAAAGCGCGAAGAAUGAAGGAGAGGCGGAGAGACUAGAGCACUGGCUCGCGGUUUUGAAUACCCCGAAGGAGGUUCAAAAUUGUCUGGACAAGAAAGUCCCUUAUGAAUUCGAUUUUUCCCACGCUCGAGCGAACCACGUGAUCCCUACGAACACACCGGCGUUAAACCCGAUCCAUCCGCAACACUUGUCUGGCGUGUCUUCUGGGAUAGCGUCGUCGCAGCAGUCGCACCUCCCACUGGUUUCCUGGACCAGCGAAGACGCGGUGAGGCCUUGGGAGUACGAAAAAUCUUUGCGGUGUAUUCUGAACAUUGACCCGACAAAGCGGAGUUUGGAGGACUGCGAGAAGCUUUUGCCGCAUGUUUUGGCUGGUGAGGACUAUUCUGAUUUGGAAGAUUUGGCAUGAUUUUUUCGGUCGUCGACAGGCAGACGCAAGAACUACGCUCUCGUUUAGCAGUCUUACGCGGACGUUGUUGACACGCAAACUUGUUUUACUUAUUUUGAAGGUACGUUUGAGACCACCACCACUUUGAGUUUGACGACUAUAAUUUGUAGAAUUUCGGUACGUGUUUCGCUUUAUCAGAUUUUGAAGGUGACGGGCGGUCAAUGUCACACGAAGUACAGUACAAAAGUUUUUGCCCUCAUGCAGUUGUAUGAGGUUUUCUAAUUCUACUUCGCAUACGCUACGAAAUUUCAAGAAUUUUUACACGCAAUAGAUACCUAAACUGUCACGCAGGAGAAUCGUAGAAGUAGGCUGUUACAAGGAAAGGUUUUAUUGGCCCGCUUUCUACUAACUUGAAACAAACGCAUAUCUGUUUCUGUACUGACUUCAUUUUUCCAGGAGAAAAUAAACGCAAGUAAGAGUAU